GAUAUGUUAAUUCGAGGUGAGAGGAUGGAUUUCAAAGCUUCCAAACAGUCUCUUCAAUUAUCUUCCUUUGCCUUUGUUUUAUGGGUUUUGGGUUUUGGCUUUUGAACUAAACCCAUCUCCCACUCUCUCAACAUGGCUCUUCUUCACCCACACUUUGCUUUUCAAACCUUCUCACCCUUACCAAAAAUCCCUUCUUUCACAACUCCAAAACCCAUCUCUUCUUUUCCACUGUCAGCCAUAAAAACCCAUCACCAAAGCUCGCUCUUUUCCUCCAAUGUCCAAACACCCUUUUCUCUCUCAACACUUCCCAGAAAGCUUCUUUGUAAACCCCCUCAAGGAAAACAUGUCAGAGAAGACUAUCUCGUGAAGAAGUUGUCUGCUCAGGAGAUUCAGGACCUGGUAAAGGGAGAAAGAAAUGUGCCCCUCAUAAUAGAUUUUUAUGCUACAUGGUGUGGACCUUGUAUUCUGAUGGCUCAAGAACUAGAGAUGCUUGCAGUGGAGUAUGAAAGCAAUGCAAUGAUUGUAAAAGUCGAUACAGAUUAUGAAUAUGAAUUCGCUCGUGACAUGCAGGUAGAAUCAUUUACUCAUCUUUGUUCUAAUUGCAUAUGUUACUUUCUUAAGUUCUUUAACUGCAGAGAUGAAGCCAUGAAAAAGUUUGUCGUAUUUUCCAUCAUGGCAGGUGCGAGGAUUGCCUACAUUAUACUUCAUUAGCCCUGACCCGAAAAAAGAUGCAAUCCGGACUGAAGGGCUCAUUCCAAUACAGAUGAUGCGGGACAUCAUUGAUAACGAGAUGUGAGUAGGGGCAGGAGCUUCCAUGAAGCAAGACUGGUUGAAAAUUUUGCAAAGAAGACUGGAUCGAAACGAAUUAGCCUAUCCUCGUCGAGGCUCUUACUUCUGAGGUCUUUCUGGUCAUAUUUUAUUAACUAGAGUGUUGUGAGGUUGAGUUUGUGAAAAUUGACAUGAUGUUAGGUAGGUUGGGAUUGUAUUAUACUGAGUAGAAGCCACGAAAUACUCUCAUAUCUUGUGGUGUUGUACUACUACCAUAUGAGUUUAUCAUAAGGAGUAGAUAGAGAAGUUAAUUAAAAAUCAAAUCAUGAUUUUGAGGCAAAACACACGCCAGAUUUUGAUUUUCAAAGAGAAGCUUUGUCUGCAA